CUAGAGUCUGAAGUGAAUCGAUAGCAGAGCUGAAGCUCGCGCUGAUGCAACACUGACAGGUCCUCCCCACCGGCUUUACUCACCACCGACCCACUGCAACAAGACAGGAUUUCAGGCUCUGCGCCAUGGCAGGUCAGCUCAGUCCGGAUGAGAAGCUCCAGCUCAUUACCAGGAACCUCCAGGAGGUCCUGGGAGAGGAGAAGCUGAAGCAGGUUCUUCAGGAGAGAGAGGUGAAGGUUUACUGGGGAACAGCGACCACUGGGAAACCCCACAUAGCUUACUUUGUCCCCAUGUCCAAGAUAGCAGACUUCCUCAAGGCGGGAUGUGAGGUCACUAUUCUGUUUGCAGACCUGCAUGCCUUCCUGGACAACAUGAAGGCCCCCUGGGAGCUGCUGGAGCUCAGGGUGAAGUACUAUGAGCAGGUGAUCAAGGCCAUGAUGGAGAGCAUCGGCGUGCCUCUGGAUAAACUCAAGUUCGUCAAAGGAACCGACUUCCAGCUCAGCAGAGAGUACACUCUGGACGUGUACCGCCUGUCCUCCAUGGUGACGGAGCACGAUGCUAAGAAGGCCGGAGCGGAGGUCGUGAAGCAGGUGGAUCAUCCGCUGCUGAGCGGCCUGCUCUACCCUGGACUGCAGGCUCUGGAUGAGGAGUACCUCAAGUGCGACGCCCAGUUUGGAGGCGUUGACCAGAGGAAGAUUUUCACUCUGGCAGAGAAGUACCUGCCCUCUCUGGGCUACGCUAAGCGCUCCCAUCUGAUGAACCCGAUGGUACCUGGCCUGACGGGCGCCAAGAUGAGCUCCUCAGAGGAAGAGUCAAAGAUCGAUCUGCUGGACUCGGCUGGAGACGUGAAGAAGAAGCUGAAGAGAGCUUUCUGUGAGCCGGGAAACAUCGAGAACAACGGAGUCCUCUCCUUCGUCCAAUAUGUCGUCUUCCCUCUGCGCGGAGAGUUUUCCAUCAAAAGAGAUCCCAAGUGGGGCGGAGACAAAACCUACACUGUGUUUAAAGAGCUGGAAAAGGACUUUGCAGCGGAGUCGGUGCAUCCAGGAGACCUGAAGGCCUCCGUGGAGGCGUCACUGAACCAGCUGCUGGACCCAAUCAGAAAGAAGUUUGAAUCCCCGGAGCUGCGUAAACUCUCCAACACCGCCUACCCCUCAAAGACGAAAGCAGCAGGGAAAGUUGCUAAGGCAGGAGCAGGAGGGGGAGAUGAUGAUGAUCUAUCCCCCUCCAGAGUGGACAUCAGGGUGGGCAGGAUCAUCAGUGUGGAGAAGCACCCGGAUGCUGAUUCGCUGUACCUGGAGAAGAUCGAUGUGGGGGAGGCGGAGCCGAGGACGGUGGUGAGCGGCUUGGUGGCGUUUGUGUCUCAGGAGGAGCUGCAAGACAGGCUGGUGCUGGUGCUCUGCAACCUGAAGCCCCAGAAGAUGAGAGGCAUCGAGUCUCAGGCCAUGCUGCUGUGUGCCUCCAUUGAAGGGGAGCCCAGGAGGGUGGAGCCUCUCAACCCUCCAGAGGGGUCGUCGCCUGGAGACCGGGUCUUCGUUGAGGGAUACGAGACGGGAAAACCAGACGAGAGACUCAACCCAAAGAAGAAAGUGUGGGAGAAAGUACAGGCUGACCUGAAGAUAUCAGACGAGUGUGUAGCUCAGUGGAAGGACAACCAGCUGAUGACUAAACUGGGACAGAUCACAUGUAAAACACUCAAAGGAGGAAACAUCAGCUAGAAACUUUACAGUCACCUCUGAAGCUUCUCCUGUCGGCUGCUUUACAAACAAGAUUCAACAAAUCACCACUUCAACAUUGCUCAAACUUCGACAUCGAUGCCAAAAGUCUCUUCGUGCGAGCUUCGACAAAUCCUGUUACCUUGCUUUGAGUCCAUCAGAAAAUGUCAUUUUUAAAAUAGAAAUUCACUUAAUCAUCCUGUGUUUCAUUACUGUUUCUGUUUUUAUCUGGUGUUGUAUGGUGUUCCUAACACACUUAAAUAUACAAAAACAGUUUCUGCUAAAGAGACAUACAGCUACUCAGAUUUAUUAAAUAACUGUUUCCUGGAAGUAGCUGAUAAGGAUCUCGGGUGAAAAGGGACUUCAUAUUUUAAUGCUUUUCUUGAUUUAAAUUGCCUUCAUGGUUAAUGUCAGGGCUGUGUUAUAAAACAGAACGGUUGCAUUGAGGAUAGUGUACAGAAAUCAAUAUCUGCUCAUUAACUGUCAUAAAUAAAUGAUGCAUCAUCUUUAACAUUGAAUAAACGCUGGCUGAAUUGUGUGAAAUGAAA